UGUUGUUCAGGAGUGCGCCGAUUUCCGAGGGACACCUUCCGCUAUGCUGGCCGCGCAGGAUCCAUGAGAACUCUCAAUGAAAACAAGGGGGAGGAGGAGGAGGGGGGCUCCGGCUGCAACGCCAUGGAGGACAAGGAGAAUAAUCUGAAAACGGCCAGGUUGUGGAGGGAUGCCGCCCUGCGCUCCAGGAAGCUGCGGAGCGACCUGCGCCAGCUCACCCUCUGCUCCAAAAACAACCAGAUUGUCCUGCCCGAGAACAUAGACGAGAUAGAAGCGCUCAACCUGGGCAACAACUCCCUGCAGGAUCUGCCAGACGGGCUGGGAUCCACCCUCAACAACCUGCGCGUCCUGGUCCUUCGCAGGAACAAGUUCAGCGCCGUGCCCAGGGUGGUGCUGGAGCUGGGGCAGCUGGUGGAGCUUGACAUGAGCCACAACUGUCUGAGGAGCCUGUCUGAAGGUGUGGGCCAGCUGAGGGGGCUGAAGAAGUUGUGCCUCAGUCACAACAAAAUCCUGAACCUCCCGGCUCAGAUCGGAGCGCUUCAGUGUCUGGAGGAGCUUGACGUCAGCUUCAACGACCUGCACGACUUCACCAGAUCUUUCUCCAGCCUCGCCAAGCUGCGGACUCUGGAUGCAGAUCACAACAAGCUGAACAGGUUCCCAGCUGAAAUCCUGGCCCUGGGUGAGCUGGAGGAGCUGGACCUGUCUGGGAACAAGUUUGAGGCUUUGCCCGCUGACGUUGUGAGGUUGAAGUCCACCAAAAUCCUGUGGCUCAGCAGCCUGCACAUGUUCUCCCUGCCCGACACCUUCUGUCACCUGCACAACCUGGAGAGUCUGAUGCUGGAUGGAAACAACCUCACAGUGCUGCCUUCCUCCUUCGCUCAACUGCAAAAAUUAAAAAUGAUUAAUCUGUCCUCUAAUGAGUUUGAGAACUUUCCACUGGCUAUCUUAAGCAUCACAGGUUUAGAGGAACUUUACUUGAGCAGGAAUAGACUGACUCACGUUCCAGAGGAAAUCGGUCAGCUGGUGAAGCUGGUGAACCUAUGGCUUGACAACAACAACAUUACUCACCUACCUGAAUCUAUCGUAGAGCUGGAGAAGUUGGAAGAGCUUGUUUUACAGGGUAACCAAAUAGCCAUUCUUCCAGAUAAUUUUGGGAAGCUGUUCAAAGUGAACAUUUGGAAGGUAAAAGAUAACCCCCUCAUCCAGCCUCCGUAUGAGGUGUGUAUGAAGGGAAUCCCUUACAUUGCUGUCUAUCAGAAAGAGCUUGCACAGUCGCAGCUUGCUGUGAAGCCACGGCUAAAGCUGGUCCUGAUGGGGAGGAAGAAUGCCGGGAAAACCCUCUUGAUUCAGAGCUUAGUGGACAAAAAGCAGGACAAAAGAGGAGCCCAGGCAAACAAAGGGAUUGAAGUCACAAACUGGGUGGCAGACGCUGAUCGCCAUCUCACAUUCCUAGUUUAUGACUUGUCAGGGAAUCAAAACUAUGACCUCAUCAAACCCUUUUUCCUCUCCCCCGGCGCUCUCUAUGUUCUUGUUGUCAAUCUCAAAGCCUACUCAGCCAAGAACUUCUAUGACCACGUUGGGUAUUUCCUUCAUCUGCUUUGUGCCAAAGUUCCCCACGCUGUGGUGUGCUUGGUGGGCACUCACGCAGACCAGUGUGAAGAAGUGGAGCUAGAGGAGAAGACUCUAGACAUUCACCGACAGAUCGGGUUGCAGGAGCGGAGCGACAUCCAGAACCUAAGAAGCCUGGCUCAGCAAGUAGACCAAGCUCUUGAGCAAGGAUACAACGUCCGCACCUCCAGCCCUCACGUCCUCUUUUACAGUGUCACCGACAGGAACCUGAGGCGCAGAAAAGCCCAGCUGCAGUACAUCCUGAACCACCGGCUGCAGAUCUUGUCUCCCAUUUUGAGCACCAGCUGCGUGGAGACCCAGAGGAACAUUCAGAGGUUGCGGGAGAAGCUCAUGUCAGUUGCAGACCAACGGGAGAUCUUCCCCAACCUCCACCGUGUGCUGCCAAAGUCCUGGCAGAUGCUGGAGGAGUUGCACUUUAAGUCCAAAGAUUUGUGGCUCUCGUGGUGGAGCUCAGCCCGUCUGGGCCUUCAGGCAGGUCUCACUGAAGACCGACUACAGAGCGCCUUAUCUUACCUGCACGAGAGCGGGAAGCUGCUCUACUUUGAGGACAGCAUAACUCUAAAGGAGUAUGUUUUUCACAAUCUUCCUCAAUUUAUUGCAAUUCUUAACGUCUUUUUUCUGAGGGAUGAGUCCACGCUUUUGGACCGGCUGCUCUCUGAGGGUGAGAAGGGAGACAAGGGGAGAGUAAGUCUGGUUAUAGAGAACGAGAAGGGAGAGAGCCUCAGGGUCACCCAUCUUCAGCAGCAUGUGGAGGGCUUCCUACAACAUGGCCUCCUGCCCUCAAACGUCAUCCGCCUGCUCCUCAGGCCGCUCGUUCAGACCCAGCAGGACCUCCAUCUCAUCAUGGAGCUCCUGGAGAAGAUGGGAAUCUGUUACUGCAUCAAUAAACCCCGCUGCAAGCCUCUAAAUGGAGCCACCGUCUGGUACAAGUUCCCCAGCUACGUGAGCAGUGAGGAGGUCCAGGCAGAGGACUCCGCUGGUGGUAACAAUCUGCCUGCCAGCCCCUUAUUCGCUCUGGAGCAACUGCACAUCCAGUACAGCUUCCCCUUCCUGUUUCCUCCUGGACUUUUCACACGCUUCAGCGUGCAGAUAAACAGACAUGUGGUUCAGCGGUCAGACGGAAGGUAUCAGAUCUUCGCCUACAGGGGUAAGGUCCCUGUGGUGAUCAGCCACCAGCCGUCUAAAGGGAAGCUGCUGGCAGAGACUCUUUCCAUCGCCAGCCACGCCUCACUGCCCAACAUCUGGACUGCCUGGCAGGCCGUGACUCCGCUGGUGGAGGAACUGAAUAUGCUGCUGCAGGAGUGGCCUGGCCUGCACUACUCUGUACAUGUUCUCUGUUCCAAGUGCCUCAAGAGAGGGUCGUCCAACCCACAUGCCUUCCCGGGUGAGCUGCUGAGCCAGCCACGACCCGACAGCCUGACUGAGAUCAUCUGCCCAAAGAACGGCUCGGAACGGGUCAACGUGGCUCUGGUUUACCCUCCGACUCCCACCAUCAUGAGCCCCAAGUGAUCCCUGAUCUCCCACCUCCCCUCAACCCCCAAACACACACACAAACACCGGACUCAGCUCGUCCCACCACACCACCGGAGUCUCCGUCUCCAUCAUCUGCCCCCCACC